CGUGGUUUGGUUUUUGAUGUUUUCUGAUCGUCGCUUGAAACAAAAACUGACAAUAAGUGUAACGCUUCGGUACUAAUCUGCAACAGCCGUUAGUCGUAGCUUCUUUGUAAGGAAGAAAAGGAUAGAGUCUUAAUUUGUAAUUGACUGUUUUGCCUCCAUUGAAUCGAGUACUAUCUACAACAUAUAACGCAUUGUGUUCUGGCAUAUUUUAUAAUACGCGAAAUCAAAGGACGAUGCAGUGAAUAAUAUCAUAGGCAUGAAAAACAAAGUCCAAAUUAUAGAGGGAAAUGAACUCCCGGAUAAUAUUCAGCCAUUGUCCCUUGGUCAAUAGCGCCAUCUGUGAAACGCGGUAAAAUUGAAACGCAUAAUUUCUACUAAGUAAAGAUAAAUGUUUUGUAUCAGUUUAUGGAAACGUGUACUUUCAGUAAAAAUUUCUCAAUUAUCUGAUCACGAUAAUUGCAACAUAUUUUUCUUAGAGAUCAACGAUAAUGCUACUAAUUGAACAAAGAAAGAUGGCUGAAGAACUUUCAAAGGUUGACCCUUCCGGCUAUCGUCGCAAUUUCGCGACAAUAUGCAUCGUCCUUUAGGUCCGUGGAUCAGCGAAGUAUUACGCCAUUUUCAUAGAAAAAAAAUAAUUUUUAAUCAGGGGAUAAAACAAAACCUGAUAACAAGUACAAUGCUUCGAGGUCAGUCUCCUACAAUCGUUAUUCGUAUUUCUUUUUCAGAAAAAAUAGGCAAAAACAACGUUUUAAUUAAUUUAUAAGCAUUUCACACAGUUGCUUACUCCGCAUACUUUCAAAACUUCAAACAAACAUUCACCCAAUCGUCCGAAUUUGAUCGAGGCUUUCGAAUGCGAUGUACGAAUGAACUUUACAGUACCACUCUAAUCCACAGUUGUUGUACAACAUUUACGAUUUAUCGAUACAUCGUAAUACGAAAUUUUCCGUUAAUGUUCCGAAUGAAAAUCCAAAUCGCGUGGAUUGUGCACCGCUCGUAAAAUAGAAUUUUCGGAAUAUCAUGCGCGCCAGCGUAGCGCAUGGAAAAAUUGGGUCGAUGUGUGAAAGAUGGCGGCCGUUGCGUGGUGUGCGUGAGAAAAGAUUCGUACCGUCGAUUUUCGCUAACAACAUGACAAGAUAUGGAAAUGGCUGUUUACACGUGCAGAGCACUAUUGUAUACGGAAGGUUCGUAAUAUGCUUCUAACUGUUCAGAUUCUAUGCACCCGGUUCGCGUGAGGAACGUUUGUUUACGCGAAAAGUUUGUAUAAUACACUUCGCAACGCGAAGUGGAGUGUCGUAAAGGGAAAAAAGGGACUCCGUAGCGUAGACGAGACUGGAGAUAAAGUAUCGCCGGACUUCGGCCCGGUGAGAAGAUCAGUAGAGAUGCUGAAGCAAUUGCAGAUGGGGAUGAGAGCUUUCCUCUUGAUGGCCUCCCGUGUGUGGACCUGCGUCUGCUUUCUCCUCAAGAAGCAGAUAUCACAAAUGCAACCUGUUAAAUACGAGAUCUUCCCGCUCUCUCCAUUAUCAAGGCAUAGACUUAGUAUAGUUCAGAGAAAAGUAUUAGUAUUGGAUUUAGAUGAAACAUUAAUUCAUUCUCAUCACGAUGGGGUAGCAAGGCCAACAGUUAGGCCUGGUACACCUCCAGACUUUGUUCUUAAAGUGACGAUAGAUAGACAUCCAGUCAGAUUUUUUGUUCACAAAAGACCACAUGUGGAUUUCUUUUUAGACAUUGUUAGUCAAUGGUAUGAACUAGUGGUUUUUACUGCUUCUAUGGAAAUCUAUGGAGCAGCUGUUGCAGAUAAGUUAGAUAACAACAGGGGUAUUCUAAGGCGCAGAUAUUAUAGGCAACAUUGUACCCCCGAAUUGGGUUCCUAUACUAAAGAUCUGUCUGCAAUUUGUCCAGACCUAGCAUCAGUCUUUAUACUUGAUAAUAGUCCUGGAGCCUACAGAGCUUAUCCACAUAACGCGAUACCAAUCAAGUCAUGGUUUAGCGACGCGGGAGAUACUGCUCUAUUGAGCUUACUUCCAGUUUUGGAUGCACUUCGUUUCACACAAGAUGUGCGGUCCGUUCUUUCAAGAAAUUUACAUUUACAUCAUACUUGGUAGCAUAAUCCAGAUUGAUCGAUACAUUAGAUUUAUUAGAGACCGAGCUGCAAAACAGUUUAGCGUGUUUAACCUAGGAUUAUUAUUGUUACGGAUAAUAGACAUUAGGAUGCUGCCUGAAUGAUAAGACGAUGAUCCCUUUACCCUGCCCUCAUUUUUUACGCUCGUUAAAAACAGAACCCUAGCGAGUAAGUUUAAAAAGGGAGUGGGACCUUCAACCAAACUAUUUAUGUCAGCACAAAACAUUCUGGUAUAUUUUUCGUUAUGUUCAUGUGUGGGCAAUAAUAUAUACAUAUAUACAUAUAUAUCAUGUUUUCUUAAAAAGAUGUAUUUGCCAAAGAUCGAGUUUGUAAAGUAACAUAGACUCAUAUAUUUCAAAUAAUUUUGUCCUAAGUAAAGAUAUUAUACUAAACGUUUUAAGUUCUUUUGCCACACAUGAUUAAACAAAAAAGUGUUAUAUUUUUUAAACGAAUUAUUUCUGUUAUGUAUAAUAUUAUUAAACCUAGGGUGUAUUAUAUAAAAAAAGGAAAAAAAAUACUAAGUCACACUUCAAAUGGACUUUGCUGUAACUCACUGUAUCAGUGAGGCAGCUAUCCUGAUUACCUAAUAAUAAAAGGAAGUAUUAAAGACUAUAAAAGAGGCGAUAUUUGAUUUCAUCAAAUUUCUGAACAAUUAGAAUUAUUUAACAUGCGAUGUACGAUGUUGAUACGUCUGAGAACUAGACGAAUAAAGUAACAGUGAAAGGAUGUAAUCACAUGUAUGACUGUAUACUUUAUUCGCUUGUUUAAUCAUUCAAAAGUACUAUUGAAUAUUAUAUGGUUUGUACAUAUUAUGAUGAAGAGUGUAUUUGUUGCAAGAAUGAUUGGUUUACAUGAAUGAACAGUGUAAUUAAGCCAUUAAAUGCAAAUUUUUACAUAAUAUUUAUAUAUGCAUAUAUAUAUGCAUAUAUAUAUAUGUAUAUAUGUAUAAGUAUGUAUAUAGAUAUAUAUAAAUAUUUGUUUUACUUAAUCAUAAAACUGAAAAUAAGAAAAUAUGCCCAUGUGCACAAGAUUGAAAUAAUAAUUUGUUCUCAAAUAAAUUAUAUGUAAUUGAGAACAUUUGUUUAUUUAUUGACGUAUAUCGAACGAGUUGCUCACGUGGAUUUUGAUUACUAAUUGUAAUUUAUCCCAAAGUAAGUUUAGCCAUGGGUAAUAGAUAUAGGUUAGAGCAGGAUUACACCACAUUCAAUAAAAUCUUUUUGUACAUAGUACGCCUGUAUGUACAUGAAUGUAUGUUUCGUUGUUACGUACAUGCAGUUAUAUGUAUGUUAAGGAAAUAAUAAUUUUUUAAUUUCAAAUACGCAGUGAACAGUACGAUCCGUUGUAUAAAUAUGGUCAGUGGCUUAAUGUGGUUAUUUGUAUUGCGACUGUCUCUUUAAAUUUAAGUAUGGAUUAAAAUGUACAUAUUUAGUUUGUAAA